CGGGGAGCGGGCCUGGAGAUACCGCUGCGGCGAGCAGCAUGGAGAACUACGAACAGGACCCUUUUGGGGUCGAGGACGACUUCCACAGCCAGUUCGCGGCCGAGCUCGAGGUGCUGGCCGAGCUGGAAGGGGCCUCAGGUCUGCCACUCUCCAGGACUCCUCAGCCCCCAGUGGGCCAACCCCAGCUGAGCUUUGAGGAGGCCAUCACCAGAGAAGAUGCUGCCACCUGCUCUUCUCUGGUCGGGUCUCUGCAGAAAGGCAAGGAUGGUGCCAGGAAGAGAAAACUGGAUAGUGAUGUCCACAGGGACAGAGUCUUGCCUCCCAGUAUGUCUGCAGGGUUAGCCGCAGGGGCCGGGGUGGGGUGUGAAGCUGGGGAAGUGUCUCUUGCUCCUCCAUGUGUCCCCACAGCCCCCAGGAUCAAAUGGCCGCGGCUGGAGGUGGUCAAGAGACUGAACUUUGAGUCAGAGGAAGAGAUGGAGGAGUCACUGCCCAAUUCCCUACAGUGGGGCAUCACUCCCCCGCCAAGCCCCAAGGUCCCUGCUGAGCUGUGGGGUGAUGGGCCCUUGGACACUGGAGCCGACACGGAUCCCAUGUCGGCCUCACCAGCUGCUCGCAAUCCUGUCCUGCGGCGGCCACCAGUCCUGGAAGACUACAUAAACGUGACGUCAACUGGUGGCGACCGAGCCUUCCUGGUGCUAUGGGCUGACCCCACAGGCAUGGGGGUGCAGAGCCCUCUCCUGGACAUCCGGUGGCGUCGCCAUAGCCAGCUGGACCUGCUGGGUGUGCCCUUUGCCUCCCUGAAGGAGCAGGUGGAUGGCAAGCGGCAGCAGCGGCAGUUCGAGGAGGCCCAGCAGCUCUCAGAUGUGCUGCACAGCCUCAGGCCUGAGGAGGAGGAGUUCCCCCAGCCUGUGAGGGCCCCAGAGGAAGAGCCAGAGGUGGCUGAUGGCCAAGACGCCUCCCACCACUACCUGUGGGUUGAUGAGUUCGCGCCCCGGCACUACAUGGAAUUGCUCAGUGAUGAUUUUACCAACCGCUGCCUUCUCAAGUGGCUGAAGCUGUGGGACCUGGUGGUGUUCGGCCGUGAGAGGCCCACCUGGAAGCCCAGGCCCAGCACUGAACUGCCCCGAGUGGGCAAGGAGGCCGCAGCCUCCGGCAAGUGGAAGAGCUACGAGCAGGUGCUGGAGGAAAUGCUUGAGGCUGAGCUGGACGCGAGCCAGCGGCCCCAGCAAAAGGUGGCACUGCUGUGCGGGCCCCCAGGGCUGGGCAAGACCACCCUGGCCCAUGUGAUUGCACGGCAUGCAGGGUACUGCGUGGUUGAGAUGAAUGCCAGUGAUGACCGCAGCCCUGAGGCCUUUCGCACAUGCAUCGAGGCAGCCACGCAGAUGGAGUCAGUGCUGGGUGCUGGCGGGAGGCCCAAUUGCCUGGUCAUUGAUGAGAUCGACGGGGCCCCCACGGCCGCUGUCCAUGUCCUCUUGAGCAUCUUGGACCGCAGGGGGCCACAGGAGGGGGAGCCUAGAGGCCAGGCUGUGCCCAAGGGCAGGGGACGGCAGCACCAGGUGGAGGGGGGGCUCCUGAUGAGGCCCAUUAUCUGCAUCUGCAAUGACCAGUUUGCACCAUCCCUGCGGCAGCUCAAGCAGCAGGCCCUUCUGCUCCACUUUCCGCCCACGUUGUCCUCGCGGCUUGUGCAGCGGCUCCAGGAGAUUUCCCAGCGGUGGGGCAUGCAGGCUGACCCCGGUGUGCUUGUGGCCCUCUGCGAGAAGACGGACAAUGACAUCCGCGCCUGCAUCAACACCCUGCAGUUCCUGCAUGGACAGGGCCGGCGGGAGCUGAGUGCACAGGCUGUGCAGAGCAUGCACAUUGGCCUCAAGGACCAGCGCAAGGGACUCUUUGCAGUAUGGCAGGAAGUCUUCCAGUUGCCCCGGGCCAAGAGGUGCCAUGUGGACCAAGACCUAGCCCCAUCUGCCCACAUGCUCCUGACUAGGGAUAUAGGACCCUGCCCUGCCGAAAUGGCCUCGAUCUGCGUCUCGCAGCGCUUCCACCGUGUGCUGCAUGUGGCUGCCUCUGCUGGCGAGCACGAGAAGGUGGUGCAGGGCCUGUAUGACAACUUCCUGCGGCUGCGGCUUCGGGACCCCAGGCUGGGUACUGUGUGUGCUGCCCUCGACUGGCUGGCCUUUGAUGACCUGCUGGCCCGGGCUACCCUCCGUGGUCAGAGCUUCCAGCUGCUGCGCUACCCACUCAUCCUGCCUGUUGCCUUCCACCUGCUCUUCGCCGCUGCCCAUGUGCCGCGCCUGGCCUUCCCCAGCAGCCAGCAGGAGGCCCAGAACCGGACUAGCCGCACGCAGGACCUGAUCCAGACGCUAGUGUCGGGCAUCACACCGUCUGCCCGCAGCCGUACCAUGCCCCAGGCCCUUGUGCUGGAUGCCCUCUGCCCACUCUUGGAUAUCCUCACGCCAAAGCUGCGCCCCGUGAGCACACAGCUGUACAGCGCCUGUGAAAAGCAGCAGCUGGCUGACCUCGUGGGCACCAUGCUGGCCUACAGCCUCACCUACCGCCAGGAGCGGGCACUCAAUGGGCAGUACACAUACCGCCUAGAGCCGAAUGUGAAAGAGAUCUGCUGCUUCCCUGAGCUGCCCACCCGCAAGCCACUCACCUACCAGGCCAAGCAGCUCAUUGCCCAUGAGAUUGAAGUGGAGAAAAUGCGCCGGGCAGAGGCCUUGGCCCAAGUUGCCCAGGGCCCCCAGGCAGAUGGGGGUCCCCCAGGCACCGAGCACUCUCUGAGGGAUGAGCAGAAAGGGGUGCGGCACUCUGCUCCCUGCAACCAUGAGCAGCGGCUGGAAUUCAUCAUGAGGAAGGCCACCUUCGAGGAGCAGCCCGAGAGAGACUUCUUCGGGCGCGUAAUCGUCAGGAGCGUGGCCGCGCCCAGCAAGCAUGUGGCCCCAGCAGAGGACACGGCCCCUGGGAAGGAUGUGGUGGAGUGGUUCAUAGGCACAGCCGUGGGCAAGAGCCAUGUCUGGUUCCGCUUCAGCGAGGGAGUGUCCAAUGCCGUGCGGCGUCACGUACACAUCCGUGACCUACUGUAGCCUGGCCGCCCACGCUGGGGCCCCUGUUCCCCCAUCCCAUGCUGGGACCGGGCCCCAAGCCCCACCAGGACCCAUAGCACCUCCCUAUUUCAGCUGGAAACCAGUCUCCCACUGCAGUGUGUGUCCCCAAAGUAAAAACUUUGGAAAAGACAAUAAAAGUUAUACCUUUACAAGUUCAAAAAAGAUGCUUG